AAACGCGAAACCAAGCAAGCCGCCGGAGGAAGGGAGCGCUCGCGGGUCGCCACCAUGUACCGCGCGGCGGCGGCGGCCAUUUCGAGGUCCUCCUCGGCGCUGCGGAAGCAGCUCGUGCGCCGCGGCGGCGAGCAGCGGCUGUGGGCGCGGGGGUAUGCGGCGAAGGAGGUGGCCUUCGGGGUCGGCGCGCGGGCCGCCAUGCUGCAGGGCGUCAACGACCUUGCCGACGCCGUCAAGGUCACCAUGGGUCCCAAGGGGCGCAAUGUGAUUAUUGAGAGAUCCCAUGGAACUCCCAAAGUCACAAAGGAUGGAGUCACUGUUGCAAAAAGCAUUGAGUUCGAGGACAGCACUAAGAAUGUUGGUGCAAACCUGGUGAAGCAAGUCGCUGAAGCUACUAAUAAGGUCGCAGGAGAUGGUACAACUUGUGCAACUGUACUUACACAGGCAAUUCUUACGGAAGGUUGCAAGGCUGUGGCAGCAGGGGUAAAUGUUAUGGACUUGCGUAAUGGCAUGAACAAAGCUAUAAACUCUAUCACUACACACCUCAAAAGUAAAGCAUGGAUUAUCAACUCCUCAGAAGAAAUAAAUCAGGUAGCAACCAUUUCUGCAAAUGGAGAAAAGGAAAUAGGAGAUUUGAUAUCAAAGGCGAUGGAAAUAGUUGGAAAAGAUGGCGUUAUUACUAUUACUGAUGGCAAGACAUUAGACAAUGAGCUUGAAGCAGUACAGGGAAUGAAACUGUCCAGAGGCUACAUAUCUCCUUACUUUGUGACUGAUCAGAAGACUCAGAAGUGUGAGAUGGAAAAUCCUCUGAUUCUAAUUCAUGACAAGAAAAUCUCAACAAUGAAUUCACUUCUUCCAGUAUUAGAAAUGUCUAUCAAGAAUCGUAGACCUCUUCUCAUCAUUGCUGAGGAUGUUGAGGGAGAAGCUCUAUCAAUGCUUGUACUGAACAAGCAUCGUGCUGGAUUGAAGAUAUGUGCUGUCAAAGCUCCUGGAUUUGGUGAAAACAGAAGAGCCAAUCUGGAUGAUGUGGCUGUGUUGACAGGAGGAGAGGUUGUCAGUGAGGACCGAGGUAUUGAUCUUGGUAAAGUCCAACUACAGAUGCUUGGCACUGCUAAAAAGGUUACUGUAUCCCUUGAUGAUACUAUCAUUCUAGAUGGUGGAGGUGACAGACAACAGAUAGAGGAGAGGUGUAAACAGCUUAGAGAAUCAAUUGACAAAAGCACUGCUGUAUUCGACAAAGAAAAGGCUCAAGAACGUCUAUCAAAGUUAUCUGGUGGUGUUGCUGUCGUCAAGAUCGGGGGAGCUAGCGAAGCUGAAGUUGGUGAAAAGAAAGAUAGGGUAACAGAUGCUCUACACGCAGCAAGAGCUGCUGUGGAGGAGGGCAUUGUACCAGGUGGUGGAGUUGCCCUUCUAUAUGCCACCAAGGAGCUUGACAAGAUUAUCACAGCAACAAAUGAGGAUGAAAAGAUUGGUGUCCAAAUUAUCAAAAAUGCGUUGAAGGCCCCUUUGAUGACUAUAGCUGCAAAUGCUGGCAUUGAUGGUGGUGUAGUCAUUGGGAAGCUAAUUGAACAAGAUAAUCUUAAUUUGGGCUUUGAUGCAGCAAGAGGGGAGUAUGUCGACAUGAUUAAGGCUGGCAUCAUCGACCCCGUGAAAGUCAUCCGAACAGCACUACAAGAUGCAGCAAGCGUUUCUUUGCUGAUGACAACGACAGAGGCAGCUGUUGCUGAGCUUCCAGCAACAAAAGCCAGAAUUGCCAGUCGGAUGCCGCAGAUGAGCGGGAUGGAUUUUUGAGAGCAAUAUAACAUGAUCUAGGAUCUGUCUUUUAACUGCUGUAAGACAGUGCCUGCCCCUAAAAUGAAAGGGUGUUUUUUGGAAAGCAUUAUGACAUUAUGUCUUUUCCUAGGGAAAAACAGCACUUGAUAUAUUUAUAGAAUUUCACGCUCCCCUCAAAACGGGAGAAAGACGGCUCUGAUAUAAUUUGUUUUUUGAACAAGGGAAUCCAUGAUGACGUAAACUCUCAUUUGGAGCGCCUCAUUUUGUAGAUUAUUAUGUAUGCGAUCUUUGGUAUUGUAAAAGCUGCAAUAUUUUAAUAUGCAUUUUGGCAAUAAUUCUGCCUGCAAUAU